GGUUAUUCCAGCCCUAUAUAUAAAUGAAGGCAGAAACUGUCCUAACGUUCUCCCAGACUCCAGGUUCCAGUGUCUGCACACCAGUGCCACCUUUCUAUCUCAAAAUAAACCAGCGUCUGAAGCGCAGCAGUUUAAGUGGUCACCGCACCAGUACCUGCCAUGGCUGAUCAAGAGGCUCGAGAGAACCCAACCCCUGCUGCCCCACCGGCCGCCGCGCGCCCCAAACGCGUGUCCCACCGCGGACGCACCGCAGGAGCCAAAGUCAGCUCCAAUCAACAGGAGGGGAAAGUGGAGGAGUUCGAGCCCUUCAUGUUACUGCCCAGGGGACCGCCACCGCUUAAGGAGUUUCUCGAUAUCUGGGAUGUCGAUGUUCUCAAACAACCUCAAGAGAUCAAUAAACAAGGGCACCACACGCACCUGUACUCCAGCGACUUCCUCAUCGUGCGGCGCACUCUGGAGUUUCAGAUCAAGAUCACCUUCGAUCGACCCUACAAACCGGCCGAAGACAAGUUUGCGGUUGAGUUUGUCAUAGUACCAUUUAAAAGUGUGGUGUCAUUUGAGUUUGGUGUCCUGGAUGCCUGUCUGUUCAUUAUGGAUAAAGCAGAUAUGCCGCUGUCCAACCGUGGGGACGUCAUUAAAGUGACCCGCGUCGCUUCAGCCAUGCUGAACUCACGCGAUGACGACGGCGUGUUGGUGGGGAACUGGAGUGGCGAUUACACAUACGGUGUCCCGCCGACGUCCUGGACCGGCAGCGUGGAGAUCCUUCUGGACUACGCUGGCAGCAGGGGAACACCCGUCUGCUACGCCCAGUGCUGGGUCUACGCUGCUGUCUUCAACACCUUCUUGCGUUGUCUCGGGAUCCCCGGCAGGGUCGUGACAAACUUCUUCUCUGCUCACGACAAUGACGGCAACCUUAAGAUGGACAUCAUCCUGGACGAAAAUGGAAAACUGGACCGGAACCGCACCAAGGACUCCAUCUGGAAUUAUCAUUGCUGGAACGAGUGCUUCAUGGCUAGGUCUGAUCUGCCUUCUGGUUUCGGAGGAUGGCAGGUUGUGGAUGCUACGCCACAGGAGACGAGCGAUGGUAUGUUCAGGUGUGGACCUGCAUCAGUAGCUGCCGUAAAACACGGCCAGAUCUGCUACCCGUUUGAUGCCCCUUUUGUGUUUGCUGAGGUGAACAGUGACGUGAUUUUUUAUCGUAGACAAAAAGACGGCACUCUGGAAGUAGUAAAGGUGAAUCCCACUCACGUGGGCCGCAUGGUGCUGACCAAAGCCGUGCUGCACGAUGGACGUCGAGACAUCACUGAUCAAUACAAGUUCCCUGAAGGGAGCCCAGAGGAGCGGCGUGUGCUGGAGAAGGCCGAGGAGUUCGGCUGUCAGAGAGAGAAAGCUUCUCUUCCUCAGAGCGAUGUGGAGGUGGAGAUCCCCACUCUGGACGUUCGUGUGGGAGACAACUUUGACGUGACGCUGCAGUUUAAGAACCACAGUGACCAGCGCCGCACUGCUGACGUGUACGUCACCGGAACCGUGGUGUAUUAUACCGGAGUCCCUAGCGCCGAGGUGGUGUUUAAAACUCCCAAAGUCAAACUAGAUCCACUGCAGAGUAAGGAUGAGAAAGUGUUGGUGCGAGGCGAGGACUACAUGCAUAAACUGGUGGAACAGGCAAACAUCCACUUCAUCGCUACAGGGAAGAUUAAAGAGACGGGCCAGAUCAUUACAGCCAUGAAAGUCAUCACAAUACACAACCCCAAACUCAUUGUGAAGGUCACUGGUUCUCCAAGAGUGAGUGAGGAAAUGUACGUGUCUGUUGAGUUCACAAAUCCGUUUAAGUUCAAUCUGGAGAAUGUGGAUCUACGUAUGGAGGGUCCUGGAAUCAUGCCCUUCAAACGCAAGCAGUACAGUCUGAUUGCUCCAGGCACCUCUAUAACGUGGACGGAGACGUUCAGUCCCAGACGGGCCGGCUCCACUAAACUGAUAGCCAGUCUCGACUGCGCUGCUCUCAGACAGGUGUAUGGAGAGACUGAGCUCACCAUCCAGCAAUAAACACCACAGAGAAUGAAUCUGAGAAACAGAUCGCUGUAGUCUUUGAUCCAUGAGAAAAAUAUGUAAUCUCCAGCACAGCAUAUACUAUAUAAACACACAUACAUUUCUUUGAAUUGAGUGCACUGCUAAUACAGCUUGACAUGAUUUCUCUGUCAGGGGAAGCAGAAGUGCAUUAUAUUAUAUUUAGUCAAAAGUACAGUUAUUGCAAUUUAUACUUUAAUCUGUCAAUGAUUUUAUCUUUUGUAUGCUGAAUAAUUCUGUGUC